CCUCACCACUGAAACGGAAAGAUAACCAUUGCACCGCUGCAUGCACCGUCAACAGACGGCUGAAGCUGGGCUCUACACGUGUCCAUUUAGACUGGACCCAUUUACCGGCUGCUCCCGGUCACCCCCCUCAAACACAGUCUACUACUCCCCUUCUCCCGCGAACCCAAAAAUAAAACGGCCAGAGCAAAUCAACAUCGUUUAAACCAACAAUGGCGACUCCCGAGCUUCUUCAUAGCUUAUAGGGAAUAAUAUACUACAGAAGUUUUGUUCAUCAGUUCAACUAAUUCAGUUCAUAUUUGUAAGAAAUGGAUGUGGAAGGCAAUCACUCAAAUUCAUAUGGUCAACCAACAAUAGUCACUGGUGGAAGGUUUUUUGAGACUUUGAUAUCUGAAGUCUCCUCAAGAAGCAAAAGCCCUUCAAACUAUUGUUUUGAAAGAACAUCGAGAACCUCUCCAAGAAUGCUAAAUGUGAAUGCACACUUAGUUUACAACAACAAUAAUAAUGAAACCAACAAUAUGCUUCAAAGUAAGUUAUCUCCAGGGCCACAGCCAGGAGGAAAUGGUGCAAAUAAUUACGUUUUCAACCAUGCCCAUUUGCUGCUACCAAACAGACCACUCUCACAGAUACAUGGGCAAGGGUAUAAGAGACAUCAAUCACAUCCUGUGGUGAAUAUUGAUGUUUAUGGAACUAAUGGCUUAAAAAGGCCAAGAUUAGAUGCAAACAUGAAAUUGCAGUAUGAAAAGAGUCUCAUGGAAUUGCAAGAAAAGAAUAUUGAGCUAAAGACUCUGAUAGAGCAGCAGAGACAGCAGAGUCAUAUACACAAACAUGUUUCUCCUUUGGGCCUUGAAGAACAGGUUUCAGUUCAAGCAGAACUUGAAUUCCAAGAUAGGGCCCAAGUCUCUUCUCCACCUUACUUCGAUGGCAAUAUCUGUUCCCGACGAUUAAUGCAGUACAUAUAUCAUCUCAGUUGCCGACCAUUUGAUAACGACAUAAACUUCUGGAGAAAGUUUUGUUCAGAAUACUAUGCUCCUUGUGCUAAGCAGAGGUGGUGUUUGUCUAUAUGUGAAAAUAUGAACCAAGAAGCUCUCAAUCUCUUCACUAAGACAGCCAUGGUUAGUCCUUGCAGACUAAGAAUUCCCUUAAAGGAAUCUUGGUGUUGUAGUAUUUGUUGUUCGAAAUCUCCGAAAGGAUUUGAAGUGAUAUAUGAAGCUCUUCCAAGUCUUUUCAAAGCAAAAUUUGAAAGUGGCAUGGUGGAUGAAAUCAUGUUCCUUGGAUUGCCUGAAGAGCACAUUUUCCCUUCCGGGUUAAUAAUGUUGGAAUAUGGAAGAGUAGUUCAAGAGAGUAUCUAUGAAAAUUUUCGCAUUGUCCAUGAAGGUAAACUUCGUGUGAUCUUCAGGGAUGACUUGAAGAUUGUUUUGUGGGAAUUCUGUGUGCUAUGUCAUGAAGAGUUUUUAGAGCGUCGGUUGAUUUCUAGGCAGGUUAACGGCUUUGUUGAAGCAGCUCAAAUAUAUAGUAGUAUUGAAAAUUUUGAGGAUAUGAAAUCAUGUUGCAAUAUGUUUCUGAAAGCAGAAGACAAGCUAGAAAGGAAUAUGCAGAUGCCAUUGGUUAAUGAUUUAGGAUUUUCCAAACAACACUUUAGGUGUUUGCAGAUAGCUGAAGUUGUCGGCACCAUGAAAGAUUUAAUAACUAUUAGCCAAGUGCUUGGCAUUGGACCUAUUGAGUGCUUGAAUAAGUAUGGCAAGUUGAAGGAAGUAAAAGAGCCAAAGACAGCUGACAGUGUGGUAACCACCAGGGAUGAGGAGCAAGAGGUAGGUGAGACAGUUGAUAAGCUGGAGGCUUUUGCCAAAGGGACAGCCGCCAGCAGGUUUUUAAAGGACUUUUAGUGUCUAUCAGGAAGUUAUAUCAUCGUGUUUUUUUUAGCCAAAAAUGGCAAAUAGGUAGUGGGGAAGAGAAGAUUGAUUUUCUGUCUUGUUUUACUUAUUGAGUCUUGGAGUAGAAAAUAACUACUCGUAUGUAUUUGGUUAAAUCAUGUGAUUUUAUAUAAUUUUUC